AUGGCGCAACAACAGACCCGUCGGCGGCCGAUGACUGCCUGCCAGAAAAUACUGGUCCAUCAUGCGCUCGGCCUUGAGACUCCGUACGUGGAACCAGGGACCGUGAUCCGCAUCGCUCCAGAUUGGUUUCUGGCGUCCGAAGUUGCUUGGUUUGGCAUGAACAAAAACUACGAGCGCAUGGGACGACCUGGCAUUCGGCGCAGAGACAGGUUCUGGCUGGCAGGGGAUCAUGUCGUGGAUCCACGAGUGAAUCAUCAGGCGUACGAGAAGUCUCUGAUCGAGGCGUGCGAUCAGAUUGCUAAGGAAAUGGACCUGGGGGACAACUACGCUGGGCACAACACCACCAUCAUGCAUACAGAGUAUUAUCGUUCUCGGUGUCAGCCUGGUAUGCUGGUCAUUGGCGCCGACUCUCACACGUCUUCAGCUGGUGCGCUGGGGAGCCUUGCAAUCGGCGUGGGCGCAACCGAUAUGAUCCUGCAGCUUGUCACUGGCGAGACGUAUCUCGAGGUCCCAGAGAUCGUCCGGAUCAACUUUAUCAACAGACCACCUCUUGGGACCAGCGGCAAGGACGUUAUACUCGGUGUGAUGCGGAAGCUCCGCAGAAAUACCGUUGCUGCAGGUCGACUCGUCGAGUAUACCGGAGAAGGACUUCAGUAUCUGUCGUGCGACGCCAGAUUCGCCAUCGCGAACAUGACGACCGAGUUUGGCGGCAUUGGCGCCUGUAUUGUUCCCGACGGAGUCACGAUGCAGUACAUCCAACGUCGAAGAGAUCCGCGACAUAAAUCGGACAGCCUCUAUUUCCGGCCAGACGACGAUGCGCAGUACGCCGAAACAUAUGAUGUUGACCUAUCCGAACUGGAGCACUUCAUUGCGCUAUACCCUUCUCCAGACAAUGUCGUUCCCGUCUCAGAAGCAACGGCACAGCUCCAACACCUGCAAGGUGUCUUCAUAGGAGCGUGCACCACGACGGAAGAAGAGCUGAUUCUGGCCGCGUUGGUAUUAAAAGAGGCCAUGUCUCAAGGCUGGAAACCUGAGGCGCAGGGACUACGACGUGUCACUCCCGGGUCCAAUUCCAUCAUCAAUCGCCUCAAGGAACUAAACCUUCUCGAGGUGUACGAACAGGCCGGGUUCGAGAUCGGUGCGCCUGGAUGCAGCUACUGCGUGGGCAUGGGAGUCGACAAGGCCGGGAGGGGGGAGGUGUGGCUGUCUUCUCAGAACAGAAAUUAUCGGGAUCGCAUGGGCCCCGGAUCCAUCGCCAACAUCACCUCUGCAGCGACGGUGGCCGUCUCCAGCUUCUCCAUGUCACUGCAGAAUCCCUCGGAGAUCCUUGGUAAGAUCGACAUGGCCGAGUUUGACGCGAUGAGGAGGUACGGUGCACAGGAGCUACGAGAGUUACCACAAUACGUUGAACCAGAACUUCUCGCGGCCGCACCAAUGCCAGCCAAGGGCGACGCAGAUAUACCACCCUCACCAGCAGAAGAACGGCCGGCGCCCUCGCUCCCCGAGUCAAUUCGAGGGAAGGUGCAGAGGUUCGGAGACAAUGUUGACACAGACAGCAUCAUCCCGACCGACAAGUGCCAUUCCCACCUCACCCAGGAAGAAGUCGCCCGUGGCGCAUUCUGCUACACUCGACCCGAGUUCUACGAUCGUGCGCAGUCCGGGGCCUCGAUCGUGGUCGCCGAGAAGAGUUUCGGCUGCGGCUCUUCGCGCGAACAGGCACCCAAGGCCCUGAAGUGGGCGGGCAUCCAGGCCGUGAUCGCCAAGUCGUACGCCUUCAUCUACCAGCGCAAUCAAGUCAACAACGGCCUGAUGGGGAUCAAGCUAGUGGACGAGGACUUUUACCGGCUCGCCCAGGAAGGGGAAGAGGUCGCGAUCGAUGUCAAGAACCGCAAGAUCCACUGUCAGGGCCGGACGUGGGACUUUCGACUGGAUCGCAUUCAGGAACAACUCCUCGCCGAGGGCGGGUUGAUCAGCACGUACGAGAGGUACGGACCCGGGCUAUUCUCUAAGUUGCAGAGUCUCGAUCAGAAGACGAGCAGCAGACCUCUAAGCGGGAGUACCGAUGUUGGAUUCGUUGAGGAAUCAUCAGCCAAAGCCACAUCUUUGGAAUGGUGA